UCCAGGAGCCUUCUACAUACACACCUCAAAGAUGUGGGUGACCGUGAUGAGUGUGAUGGCAUUUGUAGUGUCUGUUUUUACUGUCAUAGCAGCGUUCGGCUUCAUAUACCGACAGCGAACAAAGUUUACAACUUCCAUGGCAAGCAUGAAGAACAAAACUGUUAUCAUCACAGGCUCAUCUGCAGGUAUUGGGAAGGAAGCUGCGUGGGACUUGGCUCUUCGUGGUGCUCGUGUCAUCCUGGCUUGUAGAAACCUUAAAAAAGCUGCAGAUGUUGCUGAUUUCAUUAAAUCUACUACGGGCAACAAAGAAGUGUUGGUGAGGCACCUGGACACCUCAUCCCAGGCCUCUGUCAGAAUGUUUGCAGACAAAAUUCUUGCUGAGGAACACAGAAUUGAUGUGUUGGUACUGAAUGCUGGUAUUGGAGGGAUGUCUAAACGAACUCUGACUACAGAUGGCCUUGAAAUUACCAUGGCAACCAACCAUUUUGGUCACUUCCUCCUUGCCAACCGGUUAUUAGGUUUGCUGAAGGAGAGCAGCCCCAGUCGAGUGAUAGUAACUUCAUCAAUGGCACAUUCCUACAUAAAGACGCUAGACCCAAGGGAACUGAAUUAUGAGAAUGGUAAAUACUGGCAGAUGCAUGCCUACAGCCAGUCCAAGGCGUGCAACAUCUUGUUUGCUCAUCAUUUAGCAGACAUUUUGAAGGGAACAGGCGUGGUGGUAAAUGCACUCUGUCCAGGAUUAGUGGCAACAGAGAUCUUCAAAAAAUGUGAUGGCUUCAUAAUUGGCAAACUCUAUCGAUUUCUGGCUCCCAUUAUGGGCAAGACCACGCAGCAAGGGGCCCAGACAAUUGUUCACCUGGCAGUCUCCAAAGAAGAUGCUGCCAUUACUGGGAAAUUCUUUGAGAAUUGUAAGGUAUCAGACAACAUAUCUACUCUGGUGUGUGAUGCAGGCUUGGCAAAGAAAGUGUGGGAAGCAAGUGAGGCUUAUGUUGACCUUAAGCCAGAGGAAACCUUUUACUAAAUGCACAUGUGCUCUUAUUUGCCAUCUUUUAAUAAUCCAAUAAAAGAGGAAGUUGAAUUUAAUUAAAAUCUUAGCUAUUAAGAAUUUGUGAGAGCAGGAAACUUGCAACUUUUACACACAUUUGCAAUUUUAGAGUUUUAGAUAUUUCAGCAUUUGUUUUUUUAUACACUUUGGAGCUAACAAACAACUUUGGUUACAGAAAAAGUUCAAAAUCUUAAACAUAUAAUACAGUAUAGUAUUGUUAUGGCCUGCAAGGCAACUUCACUUAUGAGCAGUGUGUGAUAUGGGUCAUUACCUAGGAUCCUGCCUAUGUCAGCCUCAGAUUGUUAAGGAGUGACAGCAGGUGGUGGUCAAUCUAGUGCCACCACUGGUUAGGUUAAGUACAGAUAGCCCUUAUUUAACGUUAAGUCAAAACUUGGUUUAGCAAUAUCUCGACUCACUGGGAAGGCGGAAAAACUGUGGAUUCUGUGCUCCAAUUGCGCAUCUCUCCUGUUACUUGUUUAUGCUACCCGUGUGCCAGCUAUCUACCCACGCCAUGUACUAAAUGUUUACCACUUGUCAUUUGAUCAUUGUCUUCCGUGCUUUCCUGUUAUUGCCUUAUACACUAUUGCUGUGUAUCGUUGUUAUCAUUGUUAAUUUUACAGGUUUUUAAGUACUGUACGGACUGUUCAUAUAGGGUGUAAAGUGAGUGAACUUUUAAAAAAUAUCAAAUAAGUGUACUGCUGUUUUGCCUCCCUCAUCAGGCAAGGCCAAACUCUCCUGUAAAUCUUUGGACUUGGAGGUGAAGUUUAACAUUAUGUGGCAUAACAAGAAUGGUGGCAGGUCACAUUGCCUCCAGCCUCAUAUUCCAACUAGCGUGAGUGACGUGCGGGCACCAGCAACAAUAGUCCUCCAGCCUUGGAGAGGACAAAUGAUGAUGACUUUGGUUCUACAUAAACUUGGCGAGUGCUACUUUACUGUAGUGUACUGUAGUUUAUUAUUAUUAUUAUUAUUAUUAUUAUUAUUAUUAUUAUUAUUAUUAUUAUUAUUAUAACAACAAAUUAUUGUUAAAUGCAAUGUAUUUAGGUGAAAAAGUAACCGAAGACUGAUUCUGUGUUAUACCUCGUUUAGCGAUAAUUUCGCUUAACGCUAGGCUUUUCAGGAAUGCAACCCCAUCAUUAAACAAGGGAUACCUG